CACAAACUUCAACGAGGUGUGCCCUGCGCUGACAAAAGUAGAACCUGCCCACAGUACUUAGCAUUGGGUUAUUGUGAAAAGAAGUAUGUACUUUUUAUGUACAAGAACUGUAAGAAAACCUGUGGUCGAUGCCAUGAUGGAAACCCAUAUGCCACCGACGUUGAUGUGGGACCUUUGUCAAGACGUGUUAUAAGAACAAAGCCGUGCACUAACGCACUGAAAGGAUGCAACUAUUGGGCUAGAAUCGGCUACUGUAGCAUGAGACCAGAUCUAAUGUUAAGAAAGUGCAAGCUUGCAUGUAGAGCAUGUCAUCCAGAAAAGAAAUGCGAAAACAUUGUAGACGACCACAACUGCAAYCACUGGGCGAAACUAGGGAAAUGUUCCUCACGGAUGAACUUCAUGAUUGAGAAGUGUCCGAAAUCGUGCAACGCCUGUCCAAGCCGAAGUGUUAAGACGAAACCGGAAAAACCUGUAGGUAUACUUUGCCCAACUGCRUGCAAGAACUGGCUAGARAAGGGAUUUUGUUUCAAGUUAAAGAGCCGUUGYCGUCGUACGUGCCUUGCAAGAGGCUGUGAUACAGCACCCGUGAGAUUGGACG